GUCUCAUUUUCAAUGAAAGGCACUCGGAAUAAAGAGGAAUCUCCCCACAAAACUCUGUUUCUCUUCUCAUAAUUCUUCUAUCAAUUUUUUCCAAUUUUUUUAGUGCGAUUUGAAGAAAACUGUUCUCGAAAAGAUCAACUCACAACAACAAAAAAAGGAUUAGCGAUUAUACAGUCUCUUAUAGAAGUCAGAGGCAGCUAUAUUUAAUUCAAGCCUGAGUUGCUGUUUCAUAGGAUCUUUGUGUAAAAUUACCCUGAUGUGCAUAGCAAUUUUUCUAUGGCAAGCUCAUCCUUGUUAUCCUUUCCUUUUAUUGCUCAACCGAGACGAAUUUUAUAGCCGGCCAACGAAGCCGCUGUCUUGGUGGGGAAUUGAAAACCAGAUUUUGGGUGGGAGAGAUGAGCAGGCAGGUGGGACAUGGUUGGCUUGCACAAAAGAUGGCAAGAUUGCUUUUAUCACUAAUGUUAGGGAACUUAGAUCGAUCCCGAGUGCCAAUAGCAGAGGCGACCUUCCUCUUAAUUUUUUGCAGAGCAAUAAGAGUCCGAAGGAGUUUGUAGAAGAUCUAGCAAAAGAAGCAGAUAAAUAUAGCGGGUUUAACUUGAUAUUAGCUGAUAUUCGUACUAAAUCCAUGGUUUACAUCACUAAUAGAUCAAAAACAGAAGAUAGUUUUGUGACAGAUGUACCUCCUGGAAUGCAUGUGCUAUCAAAUGCUAGCUUGAACUCGCCUUGGCCUAAGGCUGAGCGAUUGAGUCAUAAUUUGAAGGAAUUUUUAGACAAAUAUGGGGAGAUGGAGGUACCCGUUAAAGAGAUGGUUGAAAUACUAAUGAUGAAUAAUAUUAAAGAUGAUGAAAGCAAGUUACCAAAAAUAUAUCCUGCUGAGUUUGAAUACCAGCUGAGUUCCAUAUUUGUGGACACUGACACUCCUCUGGGACGAUAUGGAACAAGAAGCACGACUGUAUUAUCGGUGAAAUCAAACGGAGAGGUUAACUUCUAUGAAAGAUACUUGGAGAAGGAAAAGUGGCAGGAGAAGACAGAAAGUUUUCAAGUACAACCAUAGAGGACAUUGAGGAGUUUAAGUUGUCUUUUCAAGAGUUUUAUUGCUCUUUGAUAAGAGUAAUGUUAUAAACCCUCCUUUUUAACCCACUUGACGUGACAAUCACGUCAAUAAAAGAGUAUAUGGAUUAAAAGUUUAUAUAUUUUUGAAGGGAUAUUUGAAGGAUAAAAUACUAUAGAGAAGUAGAAUUAUAAAAAGUGACUUAAGGUGGAUUGUAAAAUAUUUUCCUUUAAUAAAUAUUUAAUUUUAUAGUGUGA